AAGUAGUCCAUCAAUGGCGGCCAGCCCCGGACGGUUCCAUUUCCAUCAAUGGAUCGAUAACGGUUGGAUGCUCGACUGCCGCACGAUGAGCAUCAAUCGAGAGCCGGCGAUGGCUUCGAUUGACAAAACUCCCAUACCUAUCUAUGUAAGGCGAUGUGGAGUUAGCCAUACCAUAGGCUAUAUUUAGGUAAUAGCGGCAAAGGAAAUUAUAUUUCAGGGAGGAGGAAAAACUGCGCCCUUGAAUCCUUUCUGUUUCUCGAGAGAUCAGAAAGGAGGAAAGCUUUUGGUUCAUUCCGUAGCUUGAUGAACAUUCGGCUGGAAAUUACAUCUGGGUUGAAGAUAGGUCUAUUUGGGGGAUUUGAUGGUGGUGUGCCAUUGCCUGAAAUGGUAAGGCUGAGAUAACGCAAGGAUAAAGGAAGGAUGUUGAGCUGUUUUUCGUGUUGUAUGCAACAAGAGGAAACACAGCAGACAUCCUCGGAGACUAAUGUUCGAGAAUUCAAGGAUACAAAGCACCUCACCUCCAUCACUAAUCUUUCCUUAAAAACUGAUUUGCAGAGAGCCUCCAGCUAAGGUAUGUAGCUGACGAGAUAGAAAAGCUUGGGAAAAACAACAUUGAUUCAGAGAGUUUCACUUUCGAGGAGCUGUCGGCUGCAACUCAAGAAUUCGACCUUAAAACACUGUUAGGUGAAGGCGGCUUUGGCAAGGUGUACAAAGGUCACCUUGAAAACAAAAAUAUGGAUGUUGCAGUGAAGCAGCUUGACCGUAAUGGUUUCCAAGGAAAUAGAGAAUUUUUAGUUGAAGUUUUGAUGUUGAGUCUUCUUCAUCAUCCGAAUCUUGUUAAUCUAGUAGGAUACUGUGCCGAAGGAGAGCAGAGAAUGUUAGUGUACCAAUACAUGUCGAAUGGUUCUUUGGAGGAUCACCUACUAAAGGUGGACUCGGAUAAAAAACCACUUGAGUGGGAUAUAAGGAUGAAAAUCGCACAGGGGGCAGCAAGAGGGCUAGAAUACCUACAUGAAGUAGCCAACCCUCCUGUAAUUUACCGAGAUUUCAAGGCAUCCAACAUACUCCUUGACGGCGAGUUCAACCCGAGACUUUCUGAUUUUGGGCUUGCCAAAAUUGGUCCUUUGGGUGGGAGGAGCCAUGUCUCCACCAGAGUGAUGGGAACCUUCGGCUAUUGUGCACCAGAGUAUGCGUCCUCCGGCCAGUUAACUACCAAGUCUGAUGUAUACAGCUUUGGAGUGGUGUUUCUGGAGAUGAUCACCGGUAGGAGAGUGAUCGACACCUCUAAACCAAGUGGAGAGCAGAACCUAAUCGAAUGGGCGCAACCCUUGUUCAAAGACAAGAAGCUGUUCAAUUUGAUGGCAGAUCCGCGGCUGGAGGGGAAGUAUCCGGAGAAGGGACUCCACCAAGCGCUUGCCGUUGCAGCAAUGUGCCUCCAGGAGGAGGCCGACACUCGUCCUCUCAUCAGCGACGUCGUUACUGCCUUAGAAUUUUUGACUCCACAAGAUGAUCAGACACAGGCAAAGAAGGAAGAAGAUGAUGAUAAUGAUAAUGACAAGUAAUCCUUUCUCCUCUGCUACUAACUUUUACACCAUACUUCAGCAGUUUGCUUGUUUGUCUAUCAGUUUCUUCAGCUACAAUUGUAAAAAUUAUUUACUUACAUAUAUAUAUAUAAAUGUGUGUGUAA